AUGUUCAGGUGCUUCGUGGAUUUGGAAAAUGGUGCUUUGUGGCCUUUACAGGUGGCAGUAACUUACCUAACAACGGAGUCGCCAAUGUCAUUGGAUGAUGAACUAGCACCUGAAGAGUUAUCAUUUGUCGGCUUCAAUCAGGAUGCUACGUCGCUUGCUUUGGGUGCAGCAUCUAGUUAUGCGUUGUAUUCAAUCAAGAAAACUGAUAAAUUUGACUUAAUUCACGAAAGUUAUAGACAGUUCUCAGAUGACAAAAAGAAAAAUGUAGAAGUCUCGGAGAUUAUGCUCAUUGAGCGUCUAUUUUCAUCCAGUCUUUUGAUGCUGGUAUCGACGCAAGCACCGCGUAAAUUACGGAUUUAUCAUUUCCAAAAAAACAAUGAGAUUUGUGCUCAAAGCUACACAAAUACAGUACUGGCAGUAAGAUUAAACCGUGAUUAUAUGGUUGUCUGUCUGGAAGAUGUAAUAUAUAUUCAUACAGUUAAAGAUAUGAAGAACAAAAGUAUUUUUGUGUUUGUGUCUUAUCCAGGCUCAAUCAAUAACGGCCACGUUCAAUUAUUUGACGUAACACGUUUGAAUUCGAUGAAUACAAUUUCGGCGCAUAACAGUCCACUGGCGGCGUUACGUUUCAGUUAUGACGGCAAAAAGUUGGCUACUGCUUCAACCCGCGGUACUGUAAUUCGUGUGUUCGACACUGAAUCUGGGGACCGACUGUAUGAAUUCACACGGGGCGUUAAAAGGUUUGUGAGCAUUUAUUCAAUGGCAUUUAGUGCUGAUGGUAAUUAUUUAUGCUCUUCAAGCAAUACCGAAACGGUUCAUGUGUUUAAAUUGGAGCCGACAACUGAUCCAAUAAAUGAAAAUGAAGACGAUGAGGAACAAGGAUGGGUAGAUUAUUUGUCAAAACAAGCGAGCAGCUAUUUGCCAACACAAAUGAAUGAUCUUUGGAUGCGUGGAAAGAGUUUUGCUACUGCAAGAUUGCCAUCGAUUGGGAAACGGAACACAGUUGCGCUACCACUAAUUAACGGCAAACUACAUUUGCUAGUUGCAACGACUGAUGGUUUUGUAUACAUAUAUCCAGUAGAAACAGAAGGAGGUGAGCUGACUUUGCUACGACAACAUAAAGUCAGCGUAAAGUAUUCUCCAGUAGUCCAUGCAAAUGAUCCGUCUGACAAUCAAAGUAAUGAAGAUAACGAUGGAACGGGAAGUGAAGAAGGGCCCGCUCUGGAUAGGCACAUAAUGGACAACUUUCCACCCCUGAACCAUUCCACCGCAUAG